AAUGCCAAAAGAUCCGGAGCGCACAAGGAACUCGGCAAAAGGCUGGUUAUGUAUUCAUCUCGAUAGCUCCACGCUCCAACCAGUUCAUCCAUGGCAUUUCGCUUCUUUGGCAAGUCCUUGCUGUACGCCCUGCCCCUGGGCGUCACUUUCCUGGACUGCGUUGGCUAUGUGGCCAGGGUGGAUGGCAUCUCUAUGCAGCCCGCUCUCAAUCCAGUGCCGGAUGAAAAGGACUAUGUGUUCCUGCUCCGCUGGGGCACCCACAAUAGUCAGGUGGAGCGCGGCGACAUAAUAUCGCUCAUUUCACCCAAGGAUCCCGCCCAGAAGAUUAUCAAGCGCGUGGUUGGGCUGCAGGGCGACGUGGUUUCCACGCUGGGCUACAAGCACGAGAUCGUCCGCGUUCCCGAGGGUCAUUGUUGGGUGGAGGGCGACCACACGGGUCACUCCAUGGACAGCAAUACCUUUGGGCCCGUCGCCCUCGGCCUGAUGUCCGCGCGGGCAGUGGCCAUUGUGUGGCCACCAGAACGCUGGCGAGUGCUGGAGAACGAGCUGCCACGGCGCAGGAGGCCCAUACAGGCCUCUAAGAACACUAGCAACUACUACAACUAGACUGACCAUCUGACGGAGAGCCUGCGCCGAAGAUAGUUCCAAGUGUGUACAUACAGAAAUAACCAUAUAUUUUAUAAUCAAUUGUUGUGUUUCCGCAUGCAAAGCGAAGUAGGAUGUUCCAAAGUAAAAAUUAAAGUUAAAAGCCAAAGAAA